GGCCCGGCGCGCGCUGCCCGAGGCGCGGGGGGCGGAGGGCAGUGGCACGGCCAGGCCCCGACCCGCUGGUGUCCCCCCGGCCAGGCCCGCGCGCCCAGCCCCGCGUCCUGGAGCGCCCGCGGCCCUGCCCCGCCGCCGCCGCCGCAGAACGAGACAGCUUUCUGCUCAGCCAUGACUGUGUGUCCGUGCUUUAGUCCAACCCUUGGGCAGCGGCGGAGGCAGUGACCACAGCCAGAACUGACUUGGGAGAGCGACCACCCUGGGGGUUGAUGGCUGGCAUGUCGCAGCGACCACCCAGCAUGUACUGGUGUGUGGGGCCGGAGGGGUCAGCCGUGUGUCCAGAACGCGCCAUGGAGACGCAUCACGGUGCUGGGGACAUGGGCAGCAAACCAUCCACGCCAGGCGGUGAUCCAACAGUGCAAUGCCCUGGAACAGAAGGCAUUCACGCCGCAUACAAGCAAGGAGACCCCAGCAGAGCCCGGCACCUGCUCAGAGAGGCUUGUGAUGAGAGCACGUCCCAGCUGGAAAAGGGCCAGCUUCUGAGCAUCUCAGCGGCCUAUGGGGAUCUGGAGACCGUCCGGUAUCUUCUCACCGAGAGGCGGGUACAGCUGCCAACAGAGCCCACCGAUGACAACCCAGCCGUGGUAGCAGCGCAUUUUGGGCACACUGACAUCGUGCAGGAAUUACUCGAGUCUUUGCCAGGUCACUGCAGCCCCCAGCGGCUGCUGAACUGGAUGCUGGCCUUGGCUUGCCAGCGAGGCCACCUGGGGGUGGUGAAGCUCCUUGUCCUGACGCACGGGGCUGACCCGGAGAGCUACGCGGUCAGGAAGAACGAGUUCCCGGUCAUCGUGCGCUUACCCCUCUAUGCGGCCAUCAAGUCAGGGAAUGAAGACAUUGCCAUAUUCCUGCUUCGGCAUGGGGCUUUUUUCUGCUCCUACAUCUUAUUGGACAGUCCUGACCCCAGCAAACAUCUCCUCAGGAAGUAUUUCAUUGAAGCUAGUGCCUUGCCCAGCAGUUGUCCGGGAAAGAUGCCUCUUCGUGUGAAAUGGUCCCACCUCAAGUUGCCCUGGGUGGAUCUAGACUGGCUCAUAGACAUCUCCUGCCAGAUCACGGAGCUGGACCUUUCUGCCAACUGCCUGGCUUCCCUCCCCUCGGUCAUCCCCUGGGGACUCAUCAACCUCCGGAAGCUGAACCUCUCAGACAACCACCUGGGGGAACUGCCCAGUGUGCAGUCAUCAGAUGAGAUCAUCUGUUCCAGGCUGCUAGAAGUUGACAUUUCCAGCAACAAGCUGUCCCAUCUCCCGCCAGGAUUCUUGCACCUCUCAAAACUUCAAAAACUGACAGCGUCAAAAAAUUAUUUAGAAAAAUUGUUUGAAGAAGAAAGUGCCACUAACUGGAUUGGUUUGCGGAAGCUACAGGAACUCGAUAUUUCUGACAAUAAAUUGACAGAACUCCCUGCGCUUUUCCUUCAUUCUUUCAAAUCACUCAAUUGUCUGAAUGUCUCUAGAAACAACCUGAAGGUGUUUCCAGAAGCCUGGGCCUGCCCUUUGAAAUGUUGUAAAGCAUCCAAAAACGCCCUGGAAUCUCUGCCAGACAAAAUGGCCAUCUUUUGGAAAAAUCAUCUUAAGGAUGUCGAUUUCUCAGAAAACGAACUCAAAGAAGUUCCCCUGGGGCUUUUUCAGCUCGACACCCUCAUGUUCUUGAGGUUACAGGGAAACCAGCUGGUGGCACUGCCACCUCAAGAGAAGUGGACCUGCAGACAACUCAAAACACUGGAUCUCUCCAGAAACCUGUUCGGCAAAAAUGAAGACGGACUUAAAACAAAGCGGAUUUCCUUUUUCACCACCAGAGGCCGCCAGCGUUCAGGGACUGAGCCAGCAUGCGUGCUAGAAUUUCCAGCCUUCCUAAGUGAGUCUUUGGAAGUCCUUUGUCUGAACGACAAUCACCUGGACAUAGUCCCGCCCUCAGUUUGCCUACUGAAGAGCUUAUCAGAACUCUACUUGGGGAACAACCCUGGCCUCCGGGAGCUCCCUCCCGAGCUGGGGCAGCUGGGCAACCUGUGGCAGUUGGACGUUGAAGACCUGAACAUCAGCAACGUGCCUGCAGAGAUCAGAAAAGAAGGCCCCAAAGCAAUGUUGUCUUACCUGCGUGCCCAGCUGCGGAGAGCGGAGAAGUGCAAGCUGAUGAAGAUGAUCAUUGUGGGUCCUCCGCGCCAGGGCAAGUCCACCCUCCUGGAGAUCUUGCAGACGGGGAGGGCCCCCCAGGUGGUGCACGGCGAGGCCACCAUCAGGACCACCAAGUGGGAGCUCCAGAGGCCAGCUGGCUCGAGAGCCAAGGUUGAGUCCGUGGAGUUCAACGUCUGGGACAUCGGCGGGCCCGCCAGCAUGGCCACGGUCAACCAGUGCUUCUUCACGGAUAAGGCCCUGUAUGUGGUAGUCUGGAACCUGGCGCUGGGGGAGGAGGCUGUGGCCAACCUCCAGUUCUGGCUGCUCAACAUCGAGGCCAAGGCCCCAAACGCCGUGGUGCUGGUCGUCGGAACACACCUGGACUUGAUCGAAACCAAGUUCCGUGUGGAGAGAAUCGCGACACUGCGGGCCUACGUGCUGGCGCUCUGCCGCUCGCCCUCCGGGUCCAGGGCCACCGGCUUCCCAGACAUCACCUUCAAACACUUACACGAGCUUUCCUGUAAGAGCCUGGAAGGUCAGGAAGGGCUGCGACAGCUGAUCUUCCACGUCACGUGCAGCAUGAAGGACGUGGGCAGCACCAUCGGCUGCCAGCGACUUGCCGGGAGGCUGAUCCCCAGGAGCUACCUGAGCCUCCAGGAGGCUGUGCUGGCGGAGCAGCAGCGACGCAGCCUGAGCGACGACGUGCAGUACCUGACUGACAGGCAGUUGGAGCAGCUGGUGGAGCAGACGCCCUGCAACGACAUUAAGGACUACGAGGACCUGCAGUCCGCCAUCAGCUUCCUCAUAGAAACUGGCACCCUACUCCACUUCCCGGACACCAGCCACGGCCUGAGGAACCUCUACUUCCUCGACCCCAUUUGGUUGUCCGAAUGUCUGCAGAGGAUCUUCAACAUCAAGGGCUCCCGGUCGGUGGCCAAGAAUGGGGUCAUCCGGGCGGAGGACCUCAGGAUGCUCCUGGUCGGGACUGGCUUCACGCAGCAGACAGAAGAGCAGUACUUCCAGUUCCUGGCCAAGUUCGAGAUCGCCCUGCCCGUCGCCAAUGACAGCUAUCUCCUGCCACAUCUCCUUCCAUCCAAACCUGGCCUGGACACCCACGGCAUGCGGCACCCCACGGCCAACACCAUUCAGAGGGUGUUUAAGAUGAGCUUCGUUCCCGUUGGCUUCUGGCAAAGGUUUAUAGCACGGAUGCUGAUCAGCUUGGCAGAGAUGGACCUCCAGCUUUUUGAAAACAAGAAGAAUACUAAAAGCAGACACAGGAGAGUCACCAUUUACAGUUUUACAGGAAACCAGAGAAAUCGCUGCAGCACAUUCAGAGUGAAAAGAAAUCAGACCAUCUAUUGGCAGGAAGGGCUCCUGGUCACUUUUGACGGGGGCUACCUCAGUGUGGAAUCCUCGGAUGUGAACUGGAAAAAGAAAAAAAGCGGAGGAAUAAAAAUCAUUUGCCAAUCAGAAAUGAGGGACUUCUCAGCGAUGGCUUUUAUCACAGACCAUGUCAAUUCCCUGAUCGAUCAGUGGUUUCCCGCCCUGACGGCCACGGAGAGUGAUGGGACGCCACUCAUGGAGCAGUACGUGCCCUGCCCAGUCUGCGAGAGCUCCUGGGCCCAGCACGCUGACCCAAGUGAGAAAUCGGACAGUGUGCAGUACUUCGACAUGGAGGACUGUGUGCUGACGGCCAUCGAGCGGGACUUCAUCUCCUGCCCCAGACACCCCGACCUCCCUGUGCCUCUCCAGGAGCUGGUCCCUGAGCUGUUCAUGACCGACUUCCCAGCCAGGCUUUUCCUGGAGAACAGCAAGCUGGAACACAGCGAGGACCAGAGCAGCGUCCUGGGCCAGGGUGGGAGCGGCACCGUCAUCUAUCGGGCCCGGUACCAGGGCCAGCCUGUGGCUGUGAAGCGAUUCCAGAUCAAGAAAUUCAAAAACUUCGCUAAUGUCCCAGCAGACACCAUGCUGAGGCACCUGCGGGCCACGGACGCCAUGAAGAACUUCUCGGAGUUCCGGCAGGAGGCCAGCAUGCUGCACGCCCUGCAGCACCCCUGCAUCGUGUCGCUCAUCGGCAUCAGCAUCCACCCGCUCUGCUUUGCCCUGGAGCUCGCCCCGCUGGGCAGCCUCAACACCGUGCUGUCGGAGAAUGCCAAAGAUUCUUCCUUUAUGCCCCUGGGACACAUGCUCACCCAAAAAAUAGCCUACCAGAUUGCCUCCGGCCUGGCCUACCUGCACAAGAAAAACAUCAUCUUCUGUGACCUGAAGUCUGACAACAUUCUGGUCUGGUCUCUCGACGUCAAGGAACACAUCAACAUCAAGCUGUCGGACUACGGGAUCUCACGGCAGUCAUUUCACGAGGGUGCCCUCGGCGUGGAGGGCACUCCUGGCUACCAGGCCCCAGAGAUCAGGCCUCGCAUAGUGUAUGAUGAGAAGGUAGACAUGUUCUCCUAUGGAAUGGUGCUCUAUGAGUUGCUGUCGGGACAGCGGCCCGCGCUGGGCCACCACCAGCUGCAGAUUGCCAAGAAGCUGUCCAAGGGCAUCCGCCCAAUCCUGGGGCAGCCGGAGGAGGUGCAGUUCCAUCGGCUCCAAGCUCUCAUGAUGGAGUGCUGGGACACGAAGCCUGAGAAGCGACCACUGGCCUUGUCGGUAGUGAGCCAGAUGAAGGACCCGACCUUUGCAACCUUCAUGUACCAGCUGCCCUGCGGGAAGCAGACCGCCUUCUUCUCAUCCCAGAGCCAGGAGUAUACAGUGGUGUUCUGGGAUGGGAAGGAGGAGUCCAGGAACUACACAGUGGUGAACACAGAGAAGGGCCUCCUGGAAGUGCAGCGGAUGAGCUGUCCAGGAAUGAAGCUGAGCUGCCAGCUCAAGGUCCAGAGCUCUCUGUGGACAGCCACUGAGGACCAGAAGAUCUACAUCUACAGCCUCAAGGGCAUGUGUCCCUUAAACACGCCCCAGCGGGCUUUGGACACUCCGGCUAUCGUCACCUGCUUCUUGGCAGUGCCUGUUAUAAAAAAGAAUUCCUACCUGGUGCUGGCGGGUCUGGCUGACGGGCUUGUGGCAGUGUUUCCAGUGGUGCGGGGUAUCCCAGAUGACAGCUGUUCCUACCUGUGCUCACACACAGCCAACAGGUCCAAGUUCAGCAUCCCAGAUGAAGAUGCACGGCAGAACCCCUACCCCGUGAAGGCCAUGGAGGUGGUCAACAGUGGAUCCGAGGUCUGGUACAGCAAUGGGCCAGGCCUGCUGAUCAUCAACUGUGCGGCCCUGGAGAUCAGCAGGCGGCUGGAACCCUACUCGGCCCCUUCAGUGGUCACGUCAGUCGUGUGCAGCUCUGAGUGCACGGGGGAGGAGGUGGUCUGGUGCCUGGACGACAAGGCCAACUCCUUGGUGAUGUACCAUUCAGCCACCUACCAGCUGUGUGCCCGGUACUUCUGCGGGGACCCCAGUCCCCUCAGGGACAUGUUUCCUGUGCGCCCAUUGGGCCCAGAGUCCCCAGACAGCCACGUGGCCAGCCUGAAGGAGCCAGAGGGGGACUUCAUCGCGGACGUGAGCAUCAUGUACAGCGAGGAGCUGGGCACACAGAUCCUGACCCACCAGGACUCGCUGACUGACUACUGCUCCAUGUCCUCCUACUCCUCGUCCCCACCCCACCGGGUCCCCAUGUCCUCCUCAAGCCUGCCCUGCUCCCCAGCAAGCUCCUCCAGCAUGCCUUUCUCCACCGACUACGAGGACUCUGAGCGGCUGCACGGGCCCACCGGGGGUUCCGACAGGUCUGAGCACGACCUGACCCCUGUGGAUGGGGAGGCCUUCAGCCAGCACCUGCAGGCUGUGAAGGUCCUUGCCGUGAAAGAUGUCAUCUGGGUCCCCAGGCACGGUGGAGAUGUUAUCGUCAUUGGCCUGGAGAAGGAUGCAGGCAGCCAGAGGGGACGAGUCAUUGCCGUCUUAAAAGCCCGCGAGCUGACUCCGCAUGGGGUGCUCAUGGAUGCGGCCGUGGUGGCAAAGGACACAGUUGUGUGCGGCUUUGAGAAUGAAAACAUGGAGUGGUGCCUGGCUGUCUGGCGGGGCUGGGGCACCAGGGAGUUUGAUGUUUUCUACCAGUCCUACGAGGAGCUGGGCCGACUGGAGGCUUGCAUGCGGAAGAGAAGGUAAUUCCUGUGGAAUGACAGUGGCUCGGAGUUGGCCCAGCCGGGCCAGUGGCCUGACCCCUCCGCCUGCAGCGCAGCCCUCUGAGGACCCAGAAGAUGGACCAGAUUCUCCCAUCAACCACGUGCUGCUAAGAAAUGCUGAGAAGUGACCACCCUGGUGGUGGUUCAGGGGUUCUCUGCUUCUCCAGGACAGUUACCUGGAGACCCCCAUUCCCCCACUGCUGGUUUUACACCCCAAGGGAAGACGAUGGGGUCUGGUCGGCAGAAACUCCCUCUGCCUCCUCCAUCCACUUCCAAGAGUAGGGGGGGACCCCAUUCGGGACUGGGUCACACAAAGGGGAGGCUGGCCUUCCCAGUAUAAAGGGUCUGCCCAUUUUCCUCCCCAGGUCUGGGAUGGAAUUACACUCAAGGCUCUCAGUUGGGGAGCAGUUCGGGGCAGGGUGAGAGGAGGGCCGUGACCCCUGCCCCUUCUCCCCUCGGCCCCCAGGCUCUCAGCACAUUUCACAAGAUCCUGAGUCCCUGGGGCCCAGGGCUCCGCUUGGGCAAGCUGAGAUCAGAUGUCUCCCACUUAGGAAAGUCUGUGUGAGAAACUCUCAGAAGGACCCUCGGCAAGGAGCACUGCCCAAUCUGGGGAUGAAUGGGUUCCUUUAAGUGACACAGCCGAAAGCCAAGGCUAGCUCAGUGCCGAGAACACCAGCUCAGCCUUCACGUCCUCCUGCCGACAAAAGGAAGGAGAAUCCGAGUUGGCAGGACCGGAGAAGGGGCCUUGUGUUUAUAGCUUUGUAAAAUAAACUCGGACGCAGCUGGAGCACAAGCCCUGUUUGUUUGCACAUAAUAAUCUUGUUUAUCAUUUUAACAAAUUAAGAGUAUCUCAGUGGUCAGGCCUCUGGUUGUGAAAUCACAUCGUAUGGGGCUUAUACCAAAUUAUGUAUUUGCUAGACAUUUACUACACACAUGUAGAGCAGAGAUAAAAAGGAAACUGUUAAGGGGGGGUUAUAGGUCCCACGACACAAAUUUUUAUAAGUUACAUGCACACACGCCUACACACACACACACACACACGUAUCCACCUCAUUACAAGAGUCACCAUUUGACCCAGAACAGGGGUUUGAAUGUGAGAUCAUACUCCAGUUCAAGUUGUUGACCUUUUUCUAAAAUUAAAUUAUAAAAAUCCAACUUAAGAUUUGCUGGGGUAUGCGGGCAAAUAUGAUUCCUUUUAUCUGAAAAUAAACAGAGUCUCUCAAGAAUGGAGUCAUGGCUUCCGUCUGUAAAGUGCUUGUAAUUACCGCACAGGCUCCAUCCCACCCAGGCCCACCAUGGCCCAGGGUGAUGGCUGCCCCUCCCUGGCCCACAGCUGCUCCCGUGCAGGCUGCCCACAGCAGUUCCCGUGGGCAGAGAUGGCCGCUUUGUCAGGCCCCCCGCUUCCUUUUACUAGCCUGGGCACCGACUUCCAGGGGGCCGAGGGUCUAUGCCUCCUGCCCACUUCACCACAGUCCCCACCCUGCUCCCUCAGCAGUGCUCUGCCCCUCUUCUCAUCCCAGCACCCCUCAGCUGCCCAGUUAACCCCCCAAAUGCCAACUGGAUCCUGUCCCUCCCAUACCCCACACCUGCGCUCUCCGUCACCUGCAGCCAGGCUGCUCUGCCCACACUCAAGGCUGCCACGAUCCGGUCCCCACCUGCCUUUCUGACCUCACCUCCUCCUGUCCCUGAGCAAAGCCCGGCCCCAGGCCCAAGCUGCUGGGGGAGAGGCCCACAUUCAGCCCAUGGCCUCCCAGAGCCAGCUUGGGGAACGUCUUCCCAAAAGUUAGAAACCAGACAGGAAAUGGUUAAUGAACUUGACUACAUAAAAAUUAGAAACUUACGUGGAGAAACUGUCACAAAGUCAAAAGAUGAACAGUCAACUGGGAAAAAAUAUUUGUGGCAAAUGAGAGACAAAUAGCUCAUUUAUCUUGUAUCCAAAGAGAUUUUACAUCUCAGUAAAAAAGAGAAAACCCACUAGGAAAACAGCGGACACGAGUGAGCAACUGAACCGCAAAGACAGGCCCAUAGCCAUCAACACUCAACCUCAGCCAGCAGUGAGGAGAUAGUCACAAAACAGCAAUCAACUGCCAUUUACUACGCUCGUGUUGGCAAAUGUUAAAUAGUCAGCAAUUACUUACUUAACACCUACUAAGUGUCAGGCACUGUCCCUGGGACACAGUGAUAAUCUAACAGACAAGAAUCUCUGCUUUUAGGAGCUCACUUCUAGUGGAUGGAGAUGACAACGAACACACAAAUGAGAUGAUGGAGCUAGGAGACCAUAAAGACCAUAAAGUCGGGAAGUCAGGAGCUAAUGACCGAGGGGGCUGCUACAUUUAGCUGAGGCUGGGCAAGGCAUGAAGAGGUACCACUUGAGAAUGGUGAAGAGAGACAGAGGCAUGUGGAGAUCUGAGGGCACUAGGUGGAAGGACCCACAUAUGCAAAGGCCCUGUGGUGGAAAUAAGCUGCUGUGUGGGAGGGGUGAAUGAAAGUCUGGCGUGGCUGGAGUGUUGUGAAGAAGGGGUGCUCAGGGGCUGGCUAGGCACCUCACUAUAGGCAUGGGUCCCCGGCAAAGCUAUUGGCAGUUUUAAACAGGGGUGUUAGAUGGUUGUCUUUAAAAAUCACUUUGACUGCUCAGUAGAAGAUGGACUGAAAGGAAGGCAGUCUACCUUGGGCCCACCCCUUAGAGGGCAUUUUGACUGUAUCCAUAAAAUUUCAGAUGCACUUGAACUUUGAUCUAGCAGUCCCACUAAGUAUUUGACCCCGACAUAUCUGGAAAAUGCCCAAAGAUACAGAGCAAGAAUGUCAUUGCAGCGUCGCUUAUAAUGGCCCCAAUAUAUAAUGGUCUCAGUUAUAUAUUGAGGAGACAACCUAGACCUCUAUCAAGAAGGAAGUCAGAAUGCCCGUACCUCCAACAAUGGCACACUCUGCAGCCCUCCGGGGCGGUGCUGACAGUGCUGGUCUGAAAGGUUCUCUGAGGUA